AUGUACGGACAAAGCGGUAGCGAUGCGGAUUUCACGCUCCUCGACUCGAUUCGGCGACACUUGCUCGGCGAGAGUAUUAAUUACAAUUACAAUUGUAAUCCGGUGACGAAUUCCGGCGCGGGUCCGAUUUUCUCGCGGAGCUCCAGCUUCAGCAGCUUGUACCCGUGCUUGACGGAGAAUUGGGGCGAGCUGCCGUUGAAGGAGGACGAUUCGGAAGACAUGGUGCUCUACGGCGUUCUAAGAGACGCCGUCAGCGUCGGGUGGGUCCCCUCUCUCGGCUCCGACGGUUGCGGGCUUGAGUUUGCGGUGAAAUCGGAGCCGUGCUCGUUUGAGUACGAGGUGAAGUCGGAGCCGGAGGAGGCGGUGGUGAGUAGGUCGCCGGAGACGAAUUCGGCGGUGGUGGCGGUGACGCAGCAGUCGGCCGCGGCGGUGCAGGCCAAGCCGGCGGUGGUGGCGGCGAAGGGGAAGCAUUACAGGGGAGUGAGGCAACGGCCGUGGGGGAAGUUCGCGGCGGAGAUCCGUGAUCCGGCGAAGAACGGCGCCAGAGUUUGGCUGGGGACUUUUGAGACGGCGGAGGACGCGGCGUUGGCUUAUGAUAGAGCCGCUUAUAGAAUGCGCGGCUCGAGAGCGUUAUUGAAUUUCCCGCUCCGGGUUAAUUCGGGCGAGCCCGACCCGGUUAGGGUGACGUCGAAACGGUCGUCACCCGAACCGGCCUCGUCUUCGGAGAGCGGGUCUCCGAAGCGGAGGAAGAAGGUGGCGGCGGCAGCGGCGGCGGCGGUUCAAGCCGGAAUGGAAAUGGGGAGUGGGAUUGGGAUUGGGCGGCAGCAACAACAAGUGGGAGGGCAAGUGGGGGUUUCGUGUACGCGUGGCGAGCAGUUAUUGGUGGUUUGAUGGUGAGGAGUGUGAGCUGGGAAGCAGUACUUGCGAUUGCGGAGGAAUACAUUUGUAAAUUAUCCGAGAGAGAUGUAAAAUGUAGGAUUUUCAGCUUUUUCACUUUUGGGUUUCUCAUGAUUUUGAUGGUUUGUUUCUAGAAGCAAAUUUUGUCAAUUUGCAAAAUGAAAACAAGAAAAAGCAAACAAUAAGAGGGGAUUUAAGAGUAAGGUUUUGUAUUUUGCAAAAUUUGUUACAGUUUGGUGAAUUAAAUUUUGAGGAUUGAGA